AUGAAUUUUUCGAACAGAAGAUUUGAUAUAUGCUUAAGGUUGAUCUUCUUCAUCUUGCAACUGCUGUGUUGCCUGGCUACUAUCGCGACAUUCGCUAGACUUCUUGAUGAAUUCAAAUUGCCGAUGGUCUUCACCAUUACACCAGUACUUUUGAUUCUACUAAUUUCAUUAGAAAAGUGUUUAAUAAUCAAUGAUAGAAAAACAAACUGCAUGAUACGUGGAAUCAUAACUGGAUUCUUGGCGGGAUUCUUUGGUAAUGUUGUCAAUGACGAAUUUAUUAUACAAACUCAUACGUCUAAAAACUCAUUCGUGCUUUGGUUGGCAAAUUUUGAGUUUUUACAUAUACCUGUGAUAGCGGGGACUGUUAUGUGCAUGUUCUGCAUCAUAUUUCGCAAGUUUCCUCCUCGAUCUGUUCUUGUAGUUGCUUUUGCUUUUGCCGUAUGUUGCAUGUCAAUAACUUCAUUGUUGUAUAUUUUUUAUAGCAUUAAUCCUGAUAGAGCAAAAAUAAACAAACAAUGGGCUAUGGUAGUUUUCAUAGUUGCUUUCUUAUUUGGACUAAUGCCAACGAUGACUCAAGCAAAACAAGCCUGGCUGCUCUGUUUGUGUGGUUUUGUGGUUUCAGUCAAUUGGCAGUUUGUACACCUGGAAACACAACAGUGGGAUUGGUCACUGAAUAGAUAUCCCAUUCCUGGCUUCCUCACAGUUUAUGUAGUUUUGUUCCUUUAUGAAGCCAUUGAUGUAGGAGAUUCAAACAUUUAUUUGUAUAAAAAUAGGAAGAAAAAAAAAUUUGACUUGGAAACUAGGAUGUCCGAUAAUGAGGAUGACGAUGAUAAGAAUAAUGACUGCGAACGUAGUGACAGAAACAUCUUGCCUAAUGAAGAAAAUGGUUGGAGUAGUUUUUUUCUCACAAUGACAUGUCACUGCUUGAGCUAUCUCGCUGAAAGAACCGUCAUGACACUUGUUAAAGAAGUUCAACAAAAAAAUCGAGCGUUUAAAACAGACACGUGGCUAUGCUGUUUGUGCAUGUUGUGUUUUUAUUAUUUGCUUGCUUCCAAAAAUAACAUCAGUAUUCUUGAAAAAGUCUCAUUAACAAUAUUAGGACUGCUUUUAUAUUUUUGUGUUGGUGUCACCAGUGGAAUACUCUCAAAUGGAUAUUUUAUUGACAAUGUCGUCGGAAUUUUAUUUCUUGCUGUUACUUUAGAAUCAGAACAUUCUACUAAUUUUUGA